GAUAAUAGUAACUCAAAUUCCGGCUUCCCCACCAAGUACCAACUAGGACAAAUCGCCUCCGACGACGAGCUGACCAGUGAUGGCAAGGACGAAGAAGAGGAUGCUAAGAGCGAUAGCACAGAGGAGAGCGAGAAUGACAAGGAGACCCAUCUUGAGGAGAACGGACGUGGCAAGGACGCAGUCAAGGAUGCCAAGGUUGCCAGAACCAAUCGCAAGAAGGUGAGCAAUGGGAAGGCUAUUAAAGAAGCCAACACCGAGCCUAAAGAAAUGGAGAGCCCCCAGGUUGCCCACAAGGGUGCCUGGAAGCUCAAUGCCAAGGAGCGGAACAAGCCUGACCCCGAAGAGCUUGACGGCUACUUAGUUCAGAUGCUCAUGGCUGGCAGAAAUGCUACCAAGCUGGCCGCCACCCUUGCACAUGACAUCCGCAACCUCAUGGCCGCAUGCAGACAAAAGAACACCACUCUCAUCAACAGCCUUCUUGUGGAAUUCGAGAACAAGGAUUAUCACGUCGAGCUCUUGAAGUAUAACUUUUAUUUUUAUGCUCUUGAUCACACCUAUGGGUUGGUCGGUGAGGGGGUUGACUCUAUUAUGAAGGUCGUUAGACCAAAGGACACUGGAACCCCAGUAGGCGGAGCCUAUGGCACUUAG